UACCCCAGGCGAAGAUGUUCCUGACCUCACAGGCAAGUUCUGGCCAUCACUCCAGGUCACCUUGUUCGGGGAGCUGCAGCCACGAUGAAGCAGCUUCCUCCCACGGACUGGGACGAAGCUAGAGAAAAGGAAUCAUUUCAAAACCCAGUGUUUCUGUUUUCCACUCAGUGUCUCGACGGCAGGUGACUGACUGCGGCUCACUGCCACGCAGCUGCGAAUACAGUUCUGCAAUCUCUCAGUCCCUCUGAGUAUGCAGGUGGCCAGCCUCUCCAGUCACAGCUGCGACAAUAAGCCACAGUCCCCUACCCCUGCGAGAGGGCCAGCUAGAGACCUAGAAUGGACACUGCAUCAUUUCUUUUAUACACCCAGUUCUGCCCGUAUUUCUCUGCUCUGCUUUGGCCAAGUGUCAAUAAUAAUACUAUAAAAAGACUGCAUAAAAUUCAUUGGAUUAACUAGAUGUCGUACAGUGGGCUAAGUGUUAUUUUGUUAAUACUCUCCACUCAAGGUGGAAAUGAUAUUUACUGAUUUUCUUUCUUUCUUUUUUGUUUUUGUUUUUUGGUUUUUGGUUUUUUUUUUUUUGUUUUUUUGUUUUUUUGUUUUUUUUUCUCUUGGAGGAAGCACUGGAAGGAAACCAGCUUAGGCAUUCCCUCUCCCUCCUUCCUCUCCCUCCUCCCUCUCCCUCCUCCCUCUCCCUCCUCCCUCUCCCUCCUCCCUCUCUCUCCUCCCUCUCCCUCCUCCCUUUCCCUCCUCCCUUUCCCUCUCCUUUCCUCCUCUCUCUCUCUCUCUCUCUCUCUCUCUCUCUCUCUCUCUCUCUCUCUCUCUCUAACACACACACACACACACACACACACACACACACACACACACACACUGAACUUUAGAGUCUCCAGCCUCCUUUUGCAGCUAAGGCUACAGGCUUAUGUAGAUACUCAUUACCCACAGCCUUCUGGGUCUCUGGAGACAGAUGCACUCUGUGGCUCUUUUGUUAGUUCUGGAGUGAAUUUCCUCAGUGGAGAGCCUUCCUUUUGUGCAUAUUGCUGUGGUCAAAUAAGCCCUAAAAAGAGAAACCCAAGAAGAUGGGAAAUAUUCUAGAACGUAAGUACAUUAGAGUCAAGUGACCUCAACAGACAGCAGCUUUUCAUCGCCUCUGAUCUUUGCCCCUGAGAUAUUGUGUUAGAUGAGUCGGCUUAACAUAGCUCAUGGAUGCACAUCCAAGGGCCCUUCUCUAGUGUAAACCAUUCACAACUUGGGACUGGAGUGUUGAGGCCAGACACAGGAAGUGACUGAAACGGCAGCCCACACCCCACCCCCAACACCAACAAACAAACCCAGGGAAUCAAUUCUUCAUUUCCAUCGCUGUCUUAGCCUGGGGUAACUGGGGAUCUUCAUGUGUGACAUGCCCGGGCAAAGCUGGCGGUUAUCUACUUCAUGCCUUGAGUUGGAUUCUCUGGGUGUGAAGCCAGCAGACAAGCCAGGGAAUGUCAGUGCAGAGGAGUGAGGGGGUUCAAAAUCAGAGGCGGCUGUCGCUCCGGAGUUGUGAGGAGGUGGGCACUGUGAUGUGCUUGGUCCCAGGCACUUGUGAGUCCUGUUUUCUUGAAAUGGGAUGACUAGGUGAGGUGAUCCUUAGAGUGAACCCACAGUGCAACUUAAACAGAAAUGUCCCCAGCAUGGACACUUACCCACUAAGGCAGCCUUUUGCUAGAAUCCAUACAUCCAAGUCUCUGGCUCCCUGCUAUCCUUCUCUGAUUGAAGAAAAGGCUGUCUGGCCUUCAGAAACAUCAGACAGCCCCGCCCCCUGUAUCUCUUAAGCUGGGAUCUUUCCAGGUCUUUCUAGAGCUAUGGAUAUUUAGCUUAAUUCCUGGAGUUACAUCUGACUUGCAUUAGAGAGUCAUGUGUUGUAACAUUUCUUGCCCUACUGCUUGGAAAACAUGCCACACACUGAGAGGAACAGGCUAGCUCGAGGAGAACUGAGGACGUGGGCCCCCAUAAAGCAAAUUGAAUAAAGGGCCCCAGUCUAAGUUAACAUUCGCUGGUACUGUUUGUUCUCAUUCACAUCUUCCAGGUUGUCAUCUGCGAUCUCCCGUGACCUGGAGACUGUUACUAUUCAAUGUGAACUUCGACUCCAAGCGACCAGAGUCCCCUUUAUUCCAAGUACUGCUGUCUGUAUAUAGUUAGAAGCAUGGGACAGACCAGGCAAAGACCAAAAGCAUAGUUGAAAUAGAUCUUUUUCUUGUGGUUUAAGGAUCAGCCAGUUGGAACCAAAGAGAUGUUUUCUUAAGGUUGCAGAGAAGUUUGCAAAACUAUUGGAUUGUUUUUGGCACUCAAACACAGAUUAUAGAUAUAUCAUUAGCAUUACCAAGCCAAUGAGCUGGUCUAUAUGGAUUCCUAUUUAGCAAUACAUUCUUGUAAAGCUGUUCUUCCCUCAACUCUGUGUCAUGGAAGGCUGCUUUGCCUUUAGAUAGCUUAUCUACAGCUCUAAUGUCCUUGUAAUUAGCCGUACUUUGAAAGCCUCUCUGUGGCAUUGCACAUUAGAGAGCUCAUGAAUUACUGCAGUCAGGUAAACACCAUGCUGGCUGUGGGCAGCUGCACACCAUAGAAGGCCACCGACAGUUACAGCAAAUGCUCUUUCAUUCCGAAGCUGAAGGGCAGCCAACCACAAUGGCUUCUCCUUUGAUCUGCUUGGCUCUGGGAAAAUGCCGCUGAGAGAGCAUGUGUAAUUUACGUCAACAUCUCCCAACGAGCCAUAGGACCGAUUCUCUUUAAGAAAUGUGACAAAACCCUUUAGAAUUGUCAGCAUCGGGCCGUUUGGUGGAAAAAGAAUAAGUUUUACUGAACCUUUAUGUCUUCCUAAAUCCUUGAUGCCAGAUGCACUAUUUUCCAACUGGAUCUGCCAAAAACACUAAAUAGUUAAAAGACAUCAAAUCGUCUCCAAGUGGCCCAAACUGAAAUUUGUUUAAAAGAAAAAGAACAACAAAAGAACUCUUAGUCAGCAAACCUUACAGUCAUAUUUCUUUCUAGAAAAUGACUGAUUAGGCUAAGAAUUAGAAAAACAGAUUGACAGCAUAAAAGACCUCCAGCUCUUCUCCCUUUGUACACAGGCACAGCGUACGGAAUGACAGACAGGGGGUAAAAUUAAGAAUGGCUAUAGCAAUGGAAAUCACAAUAGAGCAGUACCAAAAUUCACUAUACCCCAAGGACAUGAUCUCAAUGCUAGACCUGAAAUGAGAUUUCCUCACCCAGAACUCCACCAGGUAGGAAGAGGGACAUAGCUUCCUGGAAUCUUUGGACAAUGUAAGUUGCUUUAGGGACUGGCUCGUGCUUCAUUGGAGCACGUGACAUGUAAGAGGUUCUUUAAGUCAACCGUCCCCAAAUCUUUGAAGAAAAAUAAAGUCAGCAAAUAUUCCUGAACUGUUUAGUAUCAAGCCACCAUCACUCUAACAUUGAAGAAUUUUUUUAAAGUGGCCUGACAAAGUCAAAAAGAAAAUCUCCUAUUCACAGAUGUGGCUUGUAUCUAGACAGUGAGGGCUUGCAAAUACAAUUCCCCCCACCCCCAUAUCUCCUUGUUUUUUCAUACGAUGAUUGCACCUGUAUUUUAUAUUUUUCUAAGAUAUAUUGAUUUCUUGACAAUGAAUGUCUCUUAGUUGGCUCAUCAAAUGCACUGUCAAACUUCCUCCUCCUCCUGUGCAGAGUGACUUUGGAGCUGGCCUUAUAUUUGGAUCUCCCGGGCAGCUUUUUGGAAACUCCUAGUGAACAUGCUGUGCCUCAAGCCAGUGAAAUUAGGCUCCCUGGAGGUGGGACACGGGCAGCAUGGUGGAGUUUUGGCCUGUGGUCGUGCAGUCCAGGGGGCUGGAUGGCAUGCUGGACCCAAGCUCACCUCAGUGUCUGGGCCCAAUAAAGGUUUUGCCAAGGACGCAGCUUUCUAUACUGGCCGCAGUGAGGUGCAUAGCGUAAUGUCCAUGUUGUUCUACACUCUGAUCACUGCGUUUUUGAUCGGCGUACAGGCAGAACCGUACACAGAUAGCAAUGUCCCAGAAGGAGACUCUGUCCCUGAAGCCCACUGGACUAAACUUCAGCAUUCCCUUGACACAGCCCUCCGCAGAGCCCGCAGUGCCCCUACUGCACCAAUAGCUGCCCGAGUGACAGGGCAGACCCGCAACAUCACUGUAGACCCCAGACUGUUUAAGAAACGGAGACUCCACUCACCCCGUGUGCUGUUCAGCACCCAGCCUCCACCCACCUCUUCAGACACUCUGGAUCUAGACUUCCAGGCCCAUGGUACAAUCCCUUUCAACAGGACUCACCGGAGCAAGCGCUCAUCCACCCACCCAGUCUUCCACAUGGGGGAGUUCUCAGUGUGUGACAGUGUCAGUGUGUGGGUUGGAGAUAAGACCACAGCCACAGACAUCAAGGGCAAGGAGGUGACAGUGCUGGCCGAGGUGAACAUUAACAACAGUGUAUUCAGACAGUACUUUUUUGAGACCAAGUGCCGAGCCUCCAAUCCUGUUGAGAGUGGGUGCCGGGGCAUCGACUCCAAACACUGGAACUCAUACUGCACCACGACUCACACCUUCGUCAAGGCGUUGACAACAGAUGAGAAGCAGGCUGCCUGGAGGUUCAUCCGGAUAGACACAGCCUGUGUGUGUGUGCUCAGCAGGAAGGCUACAAGAAGAGGCUGACUUGCCUGCAGCCCCCUUCCCCACCUGCCCCCUCCACACUCUCCUGGGCCCCUCCCUACCUCAGCCUGUAAAUUAUUUUAAAUUAUAAGGACUGCAUGAUAAUUUAUCGUUUAUACAAUUUUAAAGACAUUAUUUAUUAAAUUUUCAAAGCAUCCUGUA